AUGAAUUCCAAAAAAGGCAGAUUCUCAGUGACAAACUUGCUGCACUGUCUGGAACAGUGGACUCGGGCAGUUGAUAGAGGAGAUAUGGUGCAUGCCGUCCAUAUCGACUUUAAAAAGGCCUUCGACAGUGUGCCUCACCACCGCCUUCUAUACAAACUCAGCCGUACAGGAGUGCGGGGUAAGCUUCUGAUGUGGAUUCGAAGCUUGCUACUCGGCCGCUCUGAAGCCGUCCACGUCAGUGCCCAGCAAUCUGCCGAGGUUGGCGUUAGGAGUGGUGUUCCUCAAGACUCUGUUCUUGUCCCUACACUGUUUCUCGUAUGCGUCAACGACUGCACAAAUGAACUGGAUUGCGAUGUCGCAAUGCUUGCUGAUGACAUAAAGAUCUGGAGUACCAUACGAAGCGAAGAUGACGAGGCGCAGCUGCAGACAAAUCUAGACCAUCUCGAGCAAUGGUCAAAAGACUGGCUUCUACCGUUCAACGUAAACAAGUGUAACUUUCUACGCGUCGGCGGAACCAGUUCUCCUAACCGCACGGUCUACAGUCCGAUUGGCAAACCACUGCAAGAAGUCGACACUCAGAAGGACUUCAGUGUAUGGAUCCCAACCUCGCUUAAGCCUUCGCUGCAGUGCUCAAAGGUAGCCAAGUCGGCGACGUCCAUUCUAUACCUCGUCAAACGGGUGUUCUCUUCCUUUGAUGAAGAUGGCUUCGCCAAGGUCUUUCGAAUUUUUGUGCAACCGCAUCUAGAGUUUGCUAUCCAAGCAUGGGACCCUGGACCGCUAAAGACCUCGGCAUACUCGAAAAAGUUCACCGACGAGUAA